AUGAAAUUGAUUUACUUUUUUAUCACUAUUUUGGCUUUUGCACAAGCAGAAAAUCAACAUACAACACUUUGGAAUUUAUUUAAAAAUGUUCAUAACAAACAAUACAACAGUCUACAAGAUGAACAAUAUCGAUUUGGUGUAUUUAAAAAUAAUUUAGCUUUGAUUAAUCAACAUAACCUUGAAACUGACUUAGGUUUACAUUCAUAUACACUGAAAAUGAAUCAAUUUGGUGAUAUGACACAUGAAGAAUUUGCUCGAACAAUGUUAGGUGGUUUCAAGAUGCCUUCAGAUUCAUCGACAAAAUUUGUUGGACGUCCAUUUCAUCCACCAUCAAAUGUCGAUAUACCUGAUGCUAUUGAUUGGCGUCAGAAAGGUGCUGUAAUUUCUGUUAUUGAAAACCAACAGCAAUGCGGCUCAUGUUGGGCAUUUACAGCAACUUGUGCUUUAGAAGGUCAACAUUUUCUUAAAACAGGAGAGUUAGUUCGAUUAUCAGCUCAGAAUCUAAUGGAUUGUUCUGGUAAAUUUGGUAAUCAAGGUUGUAACGGUGGUCUAAUGGAUUCUUCCUUUCAAUACAUCAAAGUAAAUAAAGGAAUAGAUACAGAAGCAAGUUACCCAUAUGAAGCAAAAGAAGGUGACUGUCGUUUUAAUCGAACAAAUGUUGGAGCAACAGAUACAGGUUUUGUUGAUCUUCCACAAGGAAAUGAAACAGCUUUACAAAUAGCUAUUGCUACUGUUGGUCCAAUAUCAGUAGCAAUUGAUGCUUCACAAAGUUCAUUUCAGUUUUAUUCAUCAGGUGUCUAUGAUGAACCUAAUUGUUCAACAACAAAUAUUGAUCAUUCAUUUACUCUUGUUGGUUAUGAUACAUAUCAAGGUAAACAAUAUUAUAUUGCCAAAAAUUCUUGGGGUGAUACAUGGGGUAAUAAAGGUUAUGUUUGGAUGAGUCGUAAUAAAAACAAUCAAUGUGGUAUUGCAAGUACUGGUAGUUAUCCUCUUGUUUAA